AUGUAUGACCUCCUCACUGUUCUCGUGAACUAUUUCAUCACUGUUCUCAUGUAUGACCUCCUCACUGUUCUCAUGAACUAUUUCAUCACUGUUCUCAUGAACGACCUCCUCACUGUUCUCAUGAACUAUUUCAUCACUGUUCUCAUGUAUGACCUCCUCACUGUUCUCAUGAACUAUUUCAUCACUGUUCUCAUGAACGACCUCCUCACUGUUCUCGUGAACUAUUUCAUCACUGUUCUCAUGUAUGACCUCCUCACUGUUCUCAUGAACUAUUUCAUCACUGUUCUCAUGAACGACCUCCUCACUGUUCUCAUGAACUAUUUCAUCACUGUUCUCAUGAACGACCUCCUCACUGUUCUCAUGAACUAUUUCAUCACUGUUCUCAUGUAUGACCUCCUCACUGUUCUCAUGAACUAUUUCAUCACUGUUCUCAUGUAUGACCUCCUCACUGUCUUUCAUAAGCGUUUCAAAGUCUCCUUUACAAAAACAGGUGCUGCUUAUGUUUGUAUGAUAGAUACAGAAAACAAGAGUGUAAUCUUAUUCAUAAACAAAUUCAAACGCUUGUACGGCUUCAUGUAG